CGCACAGCAUUAGUCGAGCUGAAUACGUUACAUCUACCUGCCACCAUGAAGUUGCUGAUACCACUGUGCAUCGUGUCGAUUAUUGCGACAUGCAUACAUGCAGACAGCAUGAUGGUGAACGUACCUGAGAUGUUUAUGCAUUCAACAAAAGAGGAAAAAUCUGAGAGAACUACGAAUCCGAAUACAGCUUCGUUAAUCAACGUAGUCCUUGAUUCCUGUUAUGAUGUAAAAUAUUAUGCCAUGGACACGCUGGGCAAAUACUUGUAUGGAAGUAUGAAUAUCACGGUACAUGUUAAUGGUUCAGAAAUUGCCCCAAUAAUCGACCUUCUACCGAUAUAUGACCCGAUGAUGGGAGGAAAUUACUUUUACGCAGUCUUUGGUAAUUACAGCGAAUGUACCUGGAUUAACCUCACUGUCGAGGCUGUCUGUUCUGAUCAAUUCACGACGGAAUUUUUCACCGCCUAUGUUCAGACGACCUGUCCGUGUGUGUGCUGCGAUGAGUGUUGUGAUCCUCACCUCCUUACGCAUGACGGCAAAAGAUUGAACUAUCAAGGAAAAUGUGGCGAGGUCCUGACAACGAACGACUGCGUAAAUGAGGGCCCUGGGACAUUCACUAUUUGUGGAUUGAACAGCGGAGGAAUGGAAGAUGAGGAGAUUAGACAUGUGAUAGGAACGUACAUAGUCUCUGGUAGUAAUGAAAUUCUCGUUGGUGGACCUUUGACUCAGCUAAAUGGUAAGGACAUUAGCAGAUAUGCGUUCACCGUGACUCCAGAUAAAUCAAUUGUAAUGUUUAUGUUUAUGGGAAAAUAUCUUAUCUAUCACCUCGUGGAAAACUGGUACGUUUUGUUCAGUCCUCACAAUGUGGAAGUGGAGUUACAUUCGAAAGCACAUCUUCGGGGUCAUGUAUGUGGAAUGCUGGGUAAUGCGGAUGGUGACUCAACUAAUGACAUGCAACUACCUAAUGGUACUAUUACCACCGAUCACAAUGUACUGGGAGCAGCGUGGCAAUGCCCAAAUGGCUGCGAAGCGAGAGCCAAGAUUCCUCAGCACGCUCGGAAUCACCACUAUUAAUUAUUAAUGGUUAUUAUCAAGACAAUAAUAUAGAUGCCUUUUUGGUUUGGUCUAAAGCAUGUGGCAGUGAUUAUCGAAAUGUAGUAGAGACGUCACAUGUCGGUUAUAAUAUUUGAUUCGCUUCAGUGAAUGUAUAAUGUUUUGCUGGGAAUAAAGUUCAAUGCAUAGGAAGCAA